GGUGGGGAACGGCAAGAAGAAAGGAAGAUGCGCUCAACCCCUCAGUUCUGAGAAAUGAUAUGUUGAUAGAAGCUCAGGGGGGCUUAGGCCCGUGCCGCACAUUCAUCUCCUAAAAUAGGCGAGGGCACCCGUCAAUAACCUGCUGCUUGCUCCUUUUAAGAACACAAGGACAAGUACACACUCGGAUUUCCUAGGCUUUCUUUCUGUUACGCUGUCUCUUAUGUAUUCUGUCUGUUCUUAGCGGUAAAAUGAGCCUAUGCUUUCCAUUGUAAUAAGUACAUGGAAGCAACCAACUUCCUUGAAACGCUUCAUUGGAUAAAACUUAAAACUCAGCAGUUGCUUUGCUUGGCAAACUUCUCUAGGCCUACACUCUGGGAGUAUUCAAGUUUUAGAGUGGCGCAGAACUCCUUGUUGGGCCAGCUGCCAGUCAGAAGUUUGCAUACUCGCCUACGCCACUUGGGACUGACUCAUGCAGCUGCUUCCCCUUCCCUCGACAAAUGAUUUUUGCAAUGGCUUUAGACCUGAAAGCGCUUUACAUGGGUGGUUUCUGGGUGUCUGCAUACAUCACUACCAAAUAAAGAGGCAUGCUUCUGUAGGGAGAUACCAUUUUUCUUUUUGCAGCAUGGCACUGAAAAUUAACGUUUUAGUCACGUCUUGCGGGGAAGGGUGUUAAAAAUAAACUCUGCCUUAGGGCAUUUCUGCUGCAGAAAAGCCAAAAUGCAUGUGGAAAGGACAUUCUGAGAAAGGUGGCUUUGUGAAUAGAUCCAUUACUGGAUGGUGUUUCUGAGUAAACUUUAAAAAUCAAAAUAGACAAACCAGUUUGUUCACUGUAUGGUGGUAUGGGAGCACAACAUCUGUUGGAUCUGUUCAAAAGAUUGCUUUCCACAUGGAUCUCAUUAUUUUGCCAAAUUUCCUCUCUAUUUAAUGUGCAUCUCCGGAGCUUGAAACAUUGUCUGCUUCUGCACUAGUAGAAGUAAGUGGCUGUUGUGGUGCAGGAGAGAGAGGCUUUGGAUAUGACAGACAUCCUCCUGGCUGGUCUUGGUCACCAUCUCUCCGCCUUUCCUGCUGUGUAUAAUUGUUACCAUGAUAUUUCAGAAGAAAUGGUUAUUGUCAAGACUGAGAAGUUAGAAGAAAGCUGCAGUAAUGAUGGAGGAAACUGUGAGGGCCAGGAGUCCCAGCCUUCCCCACUGGCUCUGCUGGCAGCAACAUGCAGCAGUAUUGAAUCUCCCAAUGAGAACGCUGAUGGCUUGCAUGGACAACAGGGGGGCCCAAGUGAACUGGACCUCACAGCUGCUGCAACUCAAAUCUCCCAGAAUGCAAAUGGCUGGCAAAUAAUUUCCACUCCCUCUGGGACUUCUGAGUCCCCCAAACACCAAGGGAGCAAUAGCCAUGAGGAGAAUGAUUUGUCAUCCAAACACCGACCUGCUACCACUGGGCAGUAUGUGGUUACUACCACCCCCAACAUGCAGAGCCAGCAAGUCCUGGCGGGCUUGCCAGGGAUGAUACCCAGUAUUCAGUAUCGGGUGAUCCCCCAGUUUCAAACUGUGGAUGGGCAACAGUUGCAGUUUGCCACCACCCCUACCCAAGUCAGCGUCCAGCAGGAUGCCUCUGGCCAACUGCAGAUCAUCCCUGGGACAAACCAGCAGCUCAUUGCAAACCAGUCAGGGACAGGUAAUAUUCUGGCUGCCAUGCCAAAUCUUCUUCAGCAGGCUGUCCCCAUUCAGGGCGUGAAUGCCCUCUCAGGGCAGACUCAGUAUGUCACUAAUGUCCCACUGGCUUUGAAUGGCAAUAUCACUUUGUUGCCUGUCAAUAGCAUUGCAGCCAGUUUGGCACCCACUUCUCAGUCGGUUACUCUAAGCACCUCUGGCGCUCAAGAGAGCAACGCUCAACCAGCAACAUCCGGCGCCUCAGUCAGCUCGUCCAGCGUGGCUGCAUCCCAGGCCAAUUCUGCCUCUUACUUUACCAAUGCCAAUAGCUACAAUGCCACUACCACGACAAGUAAUUUGAGCAUCAUGAAUUUUUCCACCAGUGGCACUCUGGGAACAAACGUUCAGAUGCAGGUGCCUCAGAGGACAGGAAGUGCUCAAAAUACGGACACUCUGCAGGUAGCUGGAGUUGCAGUCCAGCAAGGGCAGCAGAAGGAUGCUGAUCAAAACCAGCAGCAGCAGCAGAUCCUGGUGCAGCCUCAGCUUGUUCAAGGAGGGCAAGUUGGCCAGACUUUUACUACCCAAGAUGCCUUGCAGAACCUGCAGAUCCAAGCUCUCCCCAAUGCUGGUCCAAUCUUUAUUCGAACACCCACCGUGGGGCCAAAUGGGCAGGUCAGCUGGCAGACGAUUCAGCUGCAGAAUCUUCAGGUUCAGAACCCACAAGCUCAGACAAUCGCCUUGGCUCCAGUGCAGGGAGUAUCCCUGGGACAGACAGGGAGCACCAACACAACCCUGACACCAAUAGCUUCUGCUUCUCUGCCCAGCGGCACUGUCACUGUAAACGCUGCUCAGCUUUCCUCUGUACCAGGCCUUCAAACCAUUAACCUUGGGGCCCUGGGAUCUGGAAUCCAGGUUCAUCAGCUGCAAGGGCUUCCACUGGCUAUAGCAAAUGCCACUGGUGAUCAUAAUACCCAUCUCAGCCUUCAUGGUGCUGGUGGUGACGGGCUUGCUGAUGAUGGCACGGCCAUGGAAGAAGGGGAGACUAGUCCAGAUGCCCAGCCACAGCAAGGCCGGAGAAUGCGCAGAGAAGCGUGUACUUGCCCCUACUGCAAAGACAAUGAAGGAAGGGGCACUGGGGAUCCAGGUAAAAAGAAGCAGCAUAUCUGCCACAUCCCAGGCUGUGGGAAAGUGUAUGGGAAGACAUCUCACCUGCGCGCUCACCUUCGGUGGCAUACUGGAGAGCGGCCAUUUGUGUGUUCCUGGAUGUUUUGUGGCAAGCGCUUCACACGCAGCGAUGAACUGCAGCGACACAAGCGGACACACACAGGAGAGAAGAAGUUUGCCUGUCCAGAGUGCCCCAAACGCUUUAUGAGGAGUGAUCACCUCUCCAAGCACAUCAAGACCCAUCAAAACAAGAAGGGAAGUGCACCCAACAAUGUGGCCAUGGAUGUCUCUGCCAUCUCCAUGGACACGGGUGCUUCUGUAGAGGGCACUGGUGGAGCAACACCGUCGGCCCUCAUUGCGACCAAUAUGGUGGCCAUGGAGGCAAUCUGCCCUGAAAGCAUUGCACGCCUUGCCAGCAGUGGUAUCAAUGUCAUGCAAGUGGCAGACCUUCAGUCAAUCAACAUCAGCGGCAAUGGAUUUUGAAGCACUGCAGACUGUGUGGUGGAGGUGUUGUGCAAAAAUGGGAUUAUCAAGGUAGCAACGGGUCCAAGAGAUGAGGCCUUUCAUUACACGAGUGGUGAAAGAUGGGGGCUGAGCUGCACCACCCAGCCUUCAAACCCCAUUUUGCUCUCCCAGGAAUACUGCUUGCAAAAUAAGGCCUGCUUCUUGUUCAGGUCAAUCCUCAAAUGCCUGAUGUCAUUACCUGGGGAAAUGGGGAUGGCCCCUGAGCUGUUAGACUCAUUUUGUUUGCUUCCCACCACACACGCUUAUAAAAGUCUUUCCACCCCCUUGUUAGGUACCCCAUAUGCCAUCAUGCCUUGGUUCUAAAUGUAUAUGAUCAUUGAAAUACUUUUUAGCAGAAAAAAAUUAUAUUAUUAUUAUUAUUAUUAUUGUAAUUAUAUAAAAUUAUAAAAUAUGUUCAUUUUGAUGAGAGAGUAAAAUUGCUGUGACCAAAGUCUUUGGUCAUCGUUCAGAUGCCUUAACUUGGAACUCCUUGAGCUGUUAGGUGGUGCUCAGGCUUAUGUUCAGAUGCUAUAAUGCAUUUUACAUUGUAAGUAUAAAAACAUAAAUUUAACUUUUUGUAUGCUUGGCUUUUAGGUUUGUCUUUCUUCCCCCCGCCCCCCCAAUUUUUUUAAAAAAUCGGGUAAAAUCCCUCUUUUAUUUUUUCUUUAACUAUAUUUCCUUGGGCUUUUUUAUGUUUUAAUCCUCAUUUUUCUCUUUUUGGAGAGAAGUGCAUCUGUGUAAGUGCACAUCAGCUAUUUUUUUUGCAGAGUGGUAGGGUCCAUGACCCAUAACGUGUUUUUUUAAAAAAACCUGAGUUUGUUGAGGGAGGUGGGCACAGAGGGAGAUAAGCAAAAGAGAUUUGUCCUGCUUCUGUAGUCACUUCUGGGCCUAUAAACAUCAUGAAUUUAUCACCAACGGGGGGAAGCCUUAUUCACCUCCUAAGGUAAAGCAGUCAGAAUCUCAUAUGAUAAAACCUGCAAUGGAACAGAGUCCCGAAUAACCUGAUACGCAUGUGGAAGAUGUGCCAAGUAUGUUGUGUAUGUGGUGGUGUGUUUUUUAAAAGGUGAGGUAACUUUACAUGUGCCUUCGGGAAAUGUGAACCAAUAGAUCUAGAGCUUUGUAUCCUGUUGUGUUUUUGUCUGUUGAAUAGCCAAAAACUAUGGCCACAUAGUAAGGGAAGAUGGACACUUUGGGUUUUUUUGUUUUAGCUCAAGUAACGCAUUGCUCUGAAACACUGUAGCACUUCUCCAGUUUUAUUUAAACUGCUUUUGGCAACACUCAAUAAAGUUGUGGGGCCAAUAACCCAACUCUUGGCCUUUGCUGCCCUUCCCUCUGGAAUAAGCGAUCGCGUGUCCUGUGCACCUGCAUUUUGUCAUUGCUUUUCAACACUGUUCAUGUUCCCUUACAAUAUUGUGUGCUCCCAUGUGGGCACAAUGUCAUGAGGCAAGCAGCUGCAGAGGAUGUGUGAGGGCCAAGGUUGAUGGAGGAAGAGACAGAGGCUUGGAAGGCUGCUACUCUUGAGAAACAGCAGGGCCUCGUGAUCUUCUGUUCUUAGCAACAUUUAAACAUUUCCUUGGAGAGCUAGUGUUCAGUGUGCGCGAGCUGGAUGAUCUAUGCAGCACCGUCUAGGCCUUACACUGCUAGUGCCUUACCCUUUCUUUUCCCCCUCUCUUUUCCAGCUGUUAAUUAAAAGUAAGCUCUUCUCCAUUUGGGCUGUUGAGGUGAACUGCUUUCACUCUUAAGGAGUGAAGGGAAAAUAGCAAGUAUUGAAUUUCAGGGAGGUCACAACUUUUGUCAUGAUUGUGUCUUUUUUUUUUUACCACCCUUCAGCAGGAGAUACGGAUGCUUACCCCGAUGUCUAGGCCAUUCUUCCUUGCCUUCAAGUGCUCACAAAAGGCCCGUGGAUUGUGGGUGGCUUUGGUAGUCAGCCAUUUUUGGUUGCUGCCACCGUGUCCCCCAAGUUCUGCCUGAACUGUUCUCCGCAAGAGCCAGGUCACAACUUUUUCUCCCUGCCUUUCCUCACAGCCACACUCACUGAAAACCCAGCCAUCUCUCUCCAUGUUCUCCUACCUCUGUCUACCAGCUUUCCUUCACUGUGCCAUCUCUGCACAACAGCAGCACCAGAAAACAUACCCUGUGCACCAAACAACCGGCCAGUGUUUUUCCUGACCCUAAUCCAGCCAUUGGAUUUUAAUACUAACUGCAGUGGUUUAGCAAGGCCGGACUAGAGCUGUGCUUCUGUCAGGCAGGAGUGGAGGAACUGGCUUUGCUAUUUCACUUGGCGGAAAUAAGCUUGUGGUUGUUGCUGCCGACCCAGUGACUGAGUGUGCAGACUCCUAGUGUCCGCUUGGCUUGUACAGGUCAAUGCUUUCAUGAUUUGUAGUUUCAGAUUACUUAAGGAAAUCUUCUGCUCAGCCUGCAGUAUUUUUGAGCUGAGGGAGCAUGUCAAAGGUAUAAUAAGACAGCAUAGUGAUGGUUUGUUUCCUCCAAUCCAUCAAAUAAAAAUGUAGCUAGCGGGAAGCUGUCCAUAAGUAAAACAAAAUAACAGUGGCAUGAGAUAGCAUUGUGGUAUGAAAUGGCAUUGUUAGUUCUUCAGCACAGGUGAAUGAUCUGAUUUGUUUGCCCUAUGAGCUGGCUCUACUGUUUGGCUUUCUUUUCAUUGUGACAAAUAUUCAGGAUGAGCCUCUUGCUUCGAAAAGGGUACGGAGACUUGUGGUUGUGUGAAGCUGUGUGCCUACCCACCCCUUUUAUCAGUAUGCUCUUAGUUCAGUUACUAUAUAUCUUGCUGUGCAGAUGUUGAGUUGGAAAGAGCAGGGUUAUAUCAUUGGAACCACUUCAUAAUAAGUAAAUAUCUAGAGUAGCAGUGUGUUGUGGGCCUUAUUAAAAGGGAAAUUCCUGUGCCAGCACAGAAAGGGAGACAUUGGCAUCCAGAUGGCUUGUAUCCUCUCUUAUACUGGUGAAAAACUUCUGAUUAGAUUUUCAUUUGCACCAAAUCCUUAAAAAUUCACUAGCAUCAAAACGAAUCAAUGAGCCUUCCAGAAAUGUAUAACAUCUGUAAUUGCAUCUGUAAACACUGACCACCUCCACACAAAAGCAAGUAUGAUUAUUGCUUUAUACACUCUCUGCUUUUCAGUCACCUGUAAAAAGAUCAGUGGAAUUUAAAGUAGCAAAUGUACAGUUUUAGAAGGGUUUUAUUUAAUAUUUCGAGAUUGUUUGGGGGAAUGAAAACUGUCCCUUGAAAGCAUUCUGCUGUUUCUGCUACAUCAGAUCUGGCAACUGACAUAUCUUAAUGCAAGAUCAGCUUGUCACACCAAGGGCAUGAUUUGGCCAAGACUGGUUGGAAAAUGACUUCUCUGAACCAGUGUUGCUGCAAAAGCAAGAGGGUUUUUUGUGCAAGAGGGUUUUGGGGAUGCUCUUAGGCGAGAGUUAGAUGUUCCAAAAAAGUAACAAUUUUAGAAGCAUGAGUACUAUUUUGAGUGUUCAAGACUACUUUUACAAUGAUGGAUCUCAAGAUUCCUUCAACGAAGGUAACUGUUGUUACUGAAAUAACUGAACACAGGCAGACUUUGAAAUGGUGGGGUGGGGUUAUGUACAUAAAGUACCACAAGGCAAGUAGUAAUACAGAACUGAAGCUUUGAAACCCAGUUUGAGUUCUCCUGUGCUGCUGUUUUAGUCCCAAUACUUAAAAUUUAUCUUGACAGAGGUGGGGGCUCAGUAAAUGUGCCCCCCUUUUUCAUAUACUGCACAUUGAAUGCUUCCCCCUUUGCCAAAGAACCAUUUCUUGUAUCCUAGAAUGGCAGAAGGCAUUGGGUGGUAGUCAUUGCUGGGUCUGCUUGGAGUAGGACUUCAUUGACUACAACCUAAUAAUUUCCAGUCAAGUCUCUUCACCCAUUUUCAAGCUACUUUUUCUAAAGAAAUUAAUGGAUCUUUGAAAUGUUUGGAAAAGCAUUGCUGUAGUCUGUGCCAUUGUUGUGGAGUACACGCAUCAACACUGACCAGCUGCCUUGUCAAUCUGCACAAAAGCAUUUACCUAUUCAUGUUCUUUGUGCACCUUAGCUGUAGCUAAGAAAAUUUGGCCUUUAAAAAAAAAUAAUAAUCCAUAGGACAUUUGCUUCUUUAUUUCAAGUGUGAUUCGUUCACUCUCAGGCUCAGUGUGUCAUAGGGAAGGAAUCCAUUGGCAGCCACUAGCUAGGGUUUUGUCAUGUUCUCAGUUAUAUCAGGACUAUUGUGUGGCAGAUUGCCCAUCCCAAAGGAUCUAUUGCUCUGACAUGCUGAAUCUUCCAUGUUUUAAAAAGAGCAAUAGUGUCCAGUUUACAACUACCCACAGGGGUCACAGAGCAGGAACUGAUGUUUCUAGCCAGUGAUAGAAGUCUAACAAAACUGUGAAACACAAACACUAAGGCUUGUAUUUCUAUUAAUUUCAGUGGGCCGCCUCUGAGUAGGACUAGAACUGGAAACAACCCUACAGAAGGGAAGUAGCUCUUACGAUACAUUUCUCUACUUUAUUUCUUUCCACCUUUGGUGGUGGGGGUUAUAUAUUUUUAUAUCAAGAGUGCAAGCAUUUGUAUUUUUAAAAUAACAAUCUAUUGUAUCUGGAAAAUACAUGCUUUGGAAGUAUUGGAAAUUCUAAAUCCCUCAGUAGAAUGCAGUAUUCAUUUCUUCCAAAGUUUUGCAAAUGGUGCCUUAACUGAGAUGUCCUGGUGGCAACUGCUGUUGUGCCUGUUUGCAGCAUGCUACUGAGUCUUUCUGUGCAGUUUUUUUGCAAGCGUUGAAGUCCAAAACAAGCCAAGGUGCUCCAUGCAUUGUCCAAAGUUGCUUUAUGUGCAGCAGUAUGCCAAAUGUUUAGCAGAGCAUUCUGCAAAGACUGUGUGUUACCAGACUUGUGUUGGUUUCUCCAAGUAAUACACCCCAUCCACCCUCCCCUUCCCAUUCCCCAGAAUACUCCUUUCCAAUUUAGUUCUCCACCAUGAAGAAAGAAGCCUACACCUUCAACUCGGGCAGUAUUUUUCCUGUCAGUAUAAGAAGUUACUUGAAAUGAGUUGUCUUGUAACAUCAAGCAGAAAGCAGCAACUGUAGGAAUAACAAGAGUGCCUUUUUAGGAGUUCUAAAAUGACUCCUGUUUUUUUACGAUCUUAAUUUCCCUGUGGAAAUUACCAUUAAGUUGAGACAGCCUGGCAAACUAGUUUGUGGCACUAUUUAGUAGUAGCAUUGUGCUAUGGUUAAAAUCCUGCAUGCAAUUAAGCUCCCGUUUAGAACUUGGCAUGCGAGUCCAGGGAAAAUGGGUUGCCACCUGUGUCUUCAGCAUCUCUCGUGGUUCUCCUCUUGCUGAGCUGAAACUGAUUCUGUCUUGUUAGUGUCUGCUAACGUCCCACACCACAGACAAGGAUUCUUAAUUCUAGAAGUCUUCAUUCCUAGCCAUGCCUCUUCACCCUGCCUAUUUACAAGACGCAACAAGGUCACGCGAAGCAUGCAAGUGCCUGGGGAGCCCUAACCCUGCACUUGCAGUGAGGUCUUCAACUUAGCAGGAAUUCUGUCUCCCCUUUUAGGUGGGGUAAGUAGGCAAGCACUGCCAAAAGCCUGUGGUGUUGAAAAAGGCUGAAAUGUCUUAAAAUACCCUGUGAGGUUUCCAAAAGGGAGUUGUCUAUACCAGGGUUCUUCAACCUUGGGUCCCCAGAGGUUGUUGGACUACAACUCCCAUCUUCCCCAGCCAGUGUAUCCAGUUCUCAGGGAUUAUGGGAGUUGCAGUCCAACAGCAUCUGGGGACUCAAGGUUAAAGGAACCACUAGUCUACAUUGCAAAUCAGCUGCAUUACAACUUGUGUCUACUUCAUAGUGUGUUCUGUGCUAGUGCAGUGUUGUGGCCUGUGCCAGAAUAGAACUGUGACUCUUGGGUUAUUUGUGCUGGUUGUGAGGAUCCCUUGUGGUUGCAUCCCAGAAACUGAUCACUGCUUGAAUACACACCCUGCCUGAUUUUUACACAUAGAAAACUUGAGAUGGAAGCAUCCUUUGCUGUAUAUAGACUGAAAACAGAGACUCAAAACAACUCUUGAGUGGCGAAAAACAACAACACUGUUUGCUGGGCUCCCUCUUCAGGCUGCAAGUGGGGUAAGGGGAGAGAAUGGCCGCCUUGAAGGCAUCUCCAUUUGAGAGGACAUGGGCGGGGUGAAGAUCUGUGCAUUGAGAAAACUAGUGUGUCCAGGAGAGGUGCCCACACUUGCCUUUCUCCGUGGCAUGCUGGGUUUUGAGUGGGUUUGUGGGGAGGGUUUAAAGAAGUUCAGGUGGUUUUAUUCAUGGAAUUUCAUUCAAAGAUGCAACUGCAAGCUGGUUCUAGAAAACUUCACUACAUGACCCUGCUGAUCUGUAUAAACAUCCUAAAUCUAAAAUAUGCAAAGCAGGAGGAGGAGCGAAUGCCACGGGUAGGAUCUGUACAUUAUUUUUUUAUGUAUUUUCUUAAAAUAACUUACAAUGUUCUUUCUGGAAUCAAACGUGCCUUUUGGGUCAUAUACAAGGAUUCUGUAUAGCCAAGCCAGUGUCAUCAGCCUUCAGAGGCUCCUCUCUAGUGCUCUGUGCCUUGAAACAGCCUUUUCUAGCUUCAGUCUUGUCACAGUCCAAUCUUUAUGGGCAACAAGAGUUCAGCAAUUAACUUAUUCUUCCCCCGCCCCCCAAUCCACUGGCAAACGGAUGAAAGUGCUUUCUUUUCACAUGCUUUGGAAGGGAAGGAGGGGAGGGAAAUGGGAGUUUCUGCCCAGUUGCCACUCACAGACUCUCUGAUAAUGUUUGAUAAACUUUUUUCAUAUUUUCCAAUGGCUUGUAAUUCUCUGCCGCAGUAACAUGGCUGCCUUUGUAACCUCUCCCAGGAAGGGGGAAGGUGGGUAGCGAUCUAAGUCGUCUUUGGUGCUUACAGCACAGUUCUGCAGACACUUAAGCCAACUUGUAACACUGGCAAUAAAAUAAUUCUUGUCUAGCUGUGUAAAAGACAGUUUGUUUUAUCUUGUAAUAAUGUAUGUGCUUUUUUUUUUUAAAAAAAAUCCAAUUACCGAUGUAAUGAUGUCUGAAACACUUUUUAAAAGUGCUAUUUUUGUACAAAGAUUAAAGUAGUUUGGCUCCUUUG